CUCACGGCGUGCGUGAACCUCUACUCAUCACAUUCUUUAGCUACGAGCAGCGUAACAACGGCGUUGCCGGAAUCUGAAGAUGAGCAUCCCAUUGACCUUCCUACUGAGCCGCCAACAGUAGAGGAAACACCAGUCGUGAAAGCAGUAGAGGACAAAUCGGUGUGCCAAAUCAAGCCCUCCGAAGGACGUGCCUGCCGUGAAGACGAAGUGCCACCUCGAACAAAUCUGCACUAUUUCUACUCGCCCAAAGAUCGCCGUUGUAAACUGUACUUCUUCCGCGGUUGUGGUGGAAACGCGAAUCGCUUCGAGAAAAAAGCAGACUGUGAACGGCUCUGUUUACCGUGA